GAGUCAGCGCCGGCAGGAUGGCGGCGGACACGCAGGUUUCUGAGACACUAAAGCGUUUUGCAGGGAAGGUGACAACAGCCAGUGUGAAGGAACGGAGAGAAAUCCUCAGUGAGCUGGGGAAAUGUGUUGCUGGAAAAGAUCUGCCGGAGGGAGCAGUGAAAGGCCUCUGCAAAUUAUUCUGCUUGACUCUGCAUCGAUACAGAGAUGCAGCCUCACGCAGGGCUCUGCAGGCAGCAAUCCAGCAGUUGGCUGAGGCCCAGCCAGAAGCCACUGCUAAGAACCUUCUGCACUCUCUGCAGUCUUCAGGCAUUGGCUCCAAAGCAGGUGUCCCCAGUAAGAGCAGUGGCUCGGCUGCCUUGCUGGCCCUGUCCUGGACCUGCCUACUGGUGCGCAUUGUCUUUCCCUCGAGAGCCAAGCGGCAAGGAGACAUCUGGAACAAACUGGUAGAGGUGCAGUGCCUGCUCCUGCUGGAGGUGCUGGGCGGCUCCCACAAGCAUGCUGUGGAUGGUGCUGUGAAGAAGCUCACCAAGCUGUGGAAAGAGAACCCGGGGCUGGUGGAACAAUACUUGUCAGCCAUUCUCAGCCUAGAACCCAACCAGAACUAUGCAGCCAUGCUGGGGCUGCUGGUGCAGUUCUGCACGAGCCACAAGGAUAUGGACGUGGUCAAUCGGCACAGGAGUGCCCUGCUGGAUUUUUAUAUGAAGAACAUCUUGAUGAGCAAAGUAAAGCCUCAGAAGUAUCUGUUGGAUAACUGUGCCCCUCUGCUCCGAUACAUGUCCCACUCAGAGUUUAAGGAUCUGAUAUUGCCCACCAUACAGAAGUCCUUACUGAGGAGUCCAGAGAAUGUUCUUGAAACUAUCUCCAGUCUGUUGGCAUCAGUGACUCUCGAUCUCAGCCAUUAUGCCCUGGACAUCGUGAAAGGACUGGCUGGUCAGCUGAAGUCCAACAGCCCCCGCCUGAUGGAUGAAGCCGUGCUGGCGCUGCAGAACCUGGUCCGCCAGUGCAGUGACUCCUCGGCGAUGGAAGCCCUGGCCAGGCACCUGUUUGCUAUCCUUGGAGGCUCGGAAGGAAAACUAACUAUUGUAGCCCAGAAGAUGAGCGUCCUCUCAGGGAUCGGGAGUGUCAGUCAUCACGUGGUGGCCGGGCCUUCCAGUCAAGUCCUGAGUGGGACCGUGGCUGAGCUGUUCAUCCCCUUCCUCCAGCAAGAAGUUCAUGAAGGCACCCUGGUGCACGCCACCUCUGUCCUGGCUCUCUGGUGUAACCGGUUCACCACAGAAGUGCCCAAGAAGCUCACUGAAUGGUUCAAGAAAGCCUUCAGCCUUAAAACCUCCACCUCUGCAGUGAGGCAUGCCUAUCUGCAGUGCAUGUUGGUCUGCUUCCGAGGUGACACACUGUUGCAGGCCCUGGACUUGUUGCCCUUGCUCAUCCAGACAGUGGAGAAGGCAGCCUUCCAAAGCACUCAGGUUCCCGUAGUCACCGAAGGGGUCGCUGCUGCCUUGCUGCUCUCAAAGCUUUCGAUGGCUGACUCACAGGCUGAGGCCAAACUGAGCAGUUUCUGGCAGCUAAUUUUGGAUGAGAAGAAGCAGGUUUUCACUUCUGACAAAUUCCUGCUCAUGGCUUCAGAGGAUGCCCUCUGUACCGUGCUGCAUCUGACAGAGAGACUCUUCCUUGACCAUCCGCACAGACUCACAGGCAACAAAGUUCAGCAGUACCACCGGGCUCUGGUGGCGGUGCUCCUGAGCCGCACCUGGCACGUGCGCAAGCAGGCCCAGCAGACGGUUCGGAAGCUGCUGUCUGCUCUCGGGGGCUUCAAGCUGGCCUAUGGACUCCUGGAGGAGCUGAAGACUGUCCUCAGUUCUCACAAGGUGCUGCCCUUAGAGGCUCUGGUGACCGAUGCUGGGGAGGUGACUGAGGCGGGCAAGGUCUACGUGCCUCCGCGGGUCCUGCAGGAGGCUCUGUGCAUCAUCUCUGGGGUGCCAGGGCUGGAAGGUGAUGUCACCAACACGGAACAGCUGGCCCAGGAGAUGCUGAUCAUCUCCCACCACCCAUCCUUAGUGGCUGUGCAAUCUGGCCUGUGGCCAGCACUUCUUGCCAGGAUGAAGAUCGAUCCGGAAGCCUUCAUUACCAGGCACCUGGAUCAGAUCAUUCCCAGGAUCACCACACAGAGCCCCCUGAACCAGUCUUCCAUGAAUGCCAUGGGCUCCCUCUCCAUCCUGUCCCCAGACCGGGUCCUCCCUCAGCUCAUCAGCACCAUCACCGCUUCUGUGCAGAACCCAGCGCUGUGCCAGGUGACACGGGAGGAGUUUGCUAUUAUGCAGACCCCUGCCGGGGAGCUGUACGACAAAUCCAUCAUCCAGAGUGCCCAGCAGGACAGCAUAAAAAAGGCCAACAUGAAGCGAGAGAACAAAGCUUACUCCUUCAAGGAGCAGAUCAUCGAGCUGGAGCUGAAGGAGGAGAUAAAGAAGAAGAAAGGCAUAAAAGAGGAGGUGCAGCUGACCAGCAAACAGAAGGAGAUGCUGCAGGCCCAGCUGGACAAGGAGGCGCAGAUCCGGAGGCGGCUGCAGGAGCUGGACAAUGAGCUGGAGGCGGCGCUAGGACUGCUGGACACCAUCCUGGCCAAGAACCCGUCCGGCCUGACCCAGUACAUCCCUGUCCUGGUCGACUCUUUCCUGCCCUUGUUGAAAUCUCCCCUUGCUGCUCCCAGGAUCAAGAACCCUUUCCUGUCCUUAGCUGCCUGUGUCAUGACCCCUAGGCUCAAGGCUUUGGGAACUUUGGUGAGCCACGUGACUCUGCGCCUGCUGAAGCCAGAAUGUGCCCUGGAUAAGUCAUGGUGCCAAGAAGAGCUGUCGGUGGCCGUGAAGAGGGCAGUGACCCUGCUGCACAGUCACACCAUCACCAGCAGGACAGGCAAGGGAGAACCAGGAUCCAUCUGCUUCUUGCUCUCACAGACGCCGCGCCCCUGUCUGCGCCAGCCUUCUCCUUAGUCUUCCCGUUUCUGAAGAUGGUGCUGACCGAGAUGCCCCACCACAGCAAGGAGGAGGAGGAGCGCAUGGCCCAGAUUCUUCAGAUCCUCACCGUCCAUGCCCAGCU